CUAAACAGUUAACUGUUCUAGAAGAUCUAAUCUAGAUCUAGAUCUAGAUCUAGAUCAAAAUCGUUUACCAUUUUUUGUACUAACUCUUUUAGGUUUUAUGUAUAAACGACCUAUCCUGAUUGCUUCUUUUUUUGUUUUUUUGCUGGUAAUCAGCACUGACCUUUAUAUGCCUGUGCUGUUUGCUUUCCUGCGAAGAAUCGUAGCAAUGGCUGAAGGACAAGUACGUCCUUAUACAUCAGGCGCAGCAUCCAUGGCUUUUGUUUCUGUUCCAAAUAUUGAAGUGGCCAAAAAACUUGCAAGUGACAUUGUUAAAAACAAGCUGGCUGCCUGUGUGAAUAUAAUUCCACAGGUCACCUCGGUGUAUGAAUGGGAAGGAAAGAUAAAUGAAGACUCUGAAUUACUUUUGAUGAUUAAAACAAUGACUUCAAAGGUUGAAGAGCUCUCAGAGUUUGUCAGGAAAAAUCAUCCUUAUGAAGUGGCUGAAGUAAUCAGUGCUCAGAUUGACAAAGGGAAUCCACCAUACCUAGACUGGAUCUCCAAAACAGUGCUUGGUGAAACAGUAUCAGAAAAAGAUUGAUUUUUCUCUACUGGCCUGGUCUUAAGUUGUUGAUGUGGACUUCCAAUGUUUUCUAAAUGGACUUACAAUGGUUUUUCCUGAAUCGUCCCUAACAAACAGACUUAACAUGUUUCCCUAAAAUGUGUAUCUGUGAUUGCCUUAAUAAGCCAUAUUGACCUUGCAAUGAUUGCAUGAAUUCUCCCUUCAUUUUAAAAUGGCUCGACUCAUGAGGUAAACCUUUAUAUUGUAUUAAAACGAAAAGGUAGGUAGGUGUACCAUUAGCAAUUUAAUCACAUAAUGACUGUGGCACUUGAUGUUUCAGACCAAUGUCUUCUUCAGCACAUGACGUUGGUUAUAGGACAGGCAUAAAAUAAUGCAAAGGGGCCUUUUCACACAUUUUUCUGUUGUUAUUUUUGACAGUGUUAGUUCUUUAAGCACCAAUUGUGCGCUAUAAAAAGCUUGGGUUGAAACAUUGGUUUUACUAGUUGCUAAAUAAGCCCAUAAUUUGAUGUAUUUUCAUGUUAAAUUGUAUGAAAUGGGUUUUCUUGCUUAAUACAUUUUAUGAUCAAAGAA